CGCGCCGCCCACAAGCAGCGGCAGCAGCAGCGGCAGCGGGGCCGCCCGUCCCGUCGCCCCGCCCCGGCGGUCCCCGUCACCCACCUUCCCCCCGCGGCACCGGAGGGGGGACGGCAGCGCGCCGCGCCAGCGGAGGAACGUGUGCGGAGUUGGCAGCGCCAGGAAAUAAAGGGGUUCCGAUGCCAGGAGAACGAUGCGAUUUGGUUGCCUUUCCUUCCGACAGCCCUAUGCAGGAUUAGUCCUAAACAAAGUCAAAACAGUAGAGACUCGCUGGCGUCCUUUGCUAGCAGGCUACAAGAACUGCACCAUUGCCAUUCAUAUCGCUGUUAAGGACUGGGAGGAUGAAACGUGGAGAGCAAUUCUAUUGAAUAGAUUUGGAAUGACACCACAACAAGUGCAAGAUUUGCUGGAUAAAGGGGAAAGAUUUGGCAGAGGAGUUAUUGCAGGAUUAAUUGACAUUGGAGAGACAUCACUAUAUCCAGAAAACUUACCUCCUGAAAAGAUUCUGGAGCUGGAAAACAAAGCUGUCCUCAGUAACCUAGAACAGAAAUACUUGACUGUUGUUUCAAAUCCAAGAUGGCUCCUGGAACCGAUUCCUGCCAGAGGGGGAAAAGGUGUGUGGCAGGUGGACAUCCCUGAAGAACUGAUCCCUUCAGAAGCCUAGGUGUUACCCCUCACUAUUAUUUUUCCUGCGUAAAUGCAAACUUGUCAUUCAGAAGUCAGCAUCUUGAAACCCAGUGAGUUGUUUAGGAUUCCCUUCCAAAACUAAUUGUUUGAAAUAACAAAUACAUUUGAAGAACUGCUCUUUUGAGGCAGAAUAAGAUGUAAUUUUUAUGACCAUUACUGGAAAUUAUUGGUUUAACAGAUUUUUCCUGUAUAAAUUAACUCAAAGUAAAUGCCAUUUUUUUAAA